ACACGUACACCACUGUCCACUUCAACUUGCCUUCUCCUGCCACUAUUAUAUCUUCGUAGUCAAAGAGGUGUCGUCCAUGGGGACGGCUUCAACAAGCCCAGACACCAUGGAGGCGGCAAGGCUCCCCGGUCUCUCCAUCACCGUCGAGAAGAACCCGCCGGAGGCGCGCUUGCUUCAACUCGGCGUCAAGUCCUGGCCCAAAUGGGGAUGUCCGCCGGGGAGGUUCCCGCUCAAGUUCGACGCGGCGCUGACGUGCUACCUAGUGAAGGGCAGGGUGAGGGCCGCCGUGAAGGGCUCCCGCGAGUGCGUGGAGUUCGGCGCCGGCGACCUCGUCGUCUUCCCCAAGGGCCUCAGCUGCACCUGGGACGUCGUCGUCGGCGUCGACAAGCACUACAACUUCGACCCCUCCUAAAACCAUAUAUAUUAGCUAGCCCCACUCCUCGGGUGGACCACACGAGCGCACCUUCUUUCUCUUGUGUUCUGAUUUGUCUCUUCUUCUUUUUGUCUGAAAGCCUCGACCGAAUUCCUGUGCGACGACCAUGGUUUAGCUAGCGAGGAUUUGUAUGGUAGGCAUUAGUUUUCCCUUUCAGGACUCGAUCGUAAGCUGUGUUGUGAGUUAACUGAAGUGAUGGUAGCUAGUAAUUAAUAUACUAUACGACAAAUGUAAUGUAAUAUAUUAACAGUACA